AUGGAGACGAUUAGAAUAUGGCUGCAUAUACCUGCUGUCAUGCAGCAUAUUAUUCCAUUUAGGACCUAUGUUAUCAGGUAUUUAUGCAAACUUUCUGACCAGGACUUAAGACAGAGUGCUGCUAGAAACAUGGCUGAUUUAAUGUGGAGCACAGUGAAAGAACCAUUGGAUACAGCCUUAUGCUUUGAUAAAGAAAGCCUUGAUCUUGCAUUUAAAUACUUUAUGUCACCCACAUUGACAAUGAGGUUGGCUGGACUAAGUCAAAUAACAAAUCAGCUUCACACCUUCAAUGAUGUGUGCAAUAAUGAAUCAUUAGUUUCAGACACAGAAACGUCAAUUGUAAAAGAGCUUGCAGACUGGCUUAUUAGCAACAAUGUUGUUGAGCAUAUAUUUGGACCAAAUUUACAUAUUGAGAUUGUCAAACAGUGCCAAGUAAUUUUGAAUUUUCUGGCAGCAGAAGGACGACUAAGUACUCAGCACAUAGAUUGCAUCUGGGCUGCAGCACAGUUGAAACAUUGUAGUCGGUACAUACAUGACUUGUUUCCUUCCCUCAUCAAGAACUUAGAUCCUGUCCCGCUUAGACAUCUCCUCAAUCUUGUUUCAGCUCUUCAUCCAAGUGGUCAUACUGAACAGACCUUGUAUUUGGCAUCUAUGCUUAUUAAAGCAUUAUGGAAUAAUGCACUAGCAGCUAAGGCCCAACUUUCAAAACAGAGUUCUUUUGCAUCUUUACUCAAUACUAAUCUCCCUAUGGGAAAUAAGAAAGGCCCGGCAGUUCAUAAACAUCAGUCCAAUAGCAACGCUGUUACAGACAUUAAUUUGGAUAAUGUUUGCAAAAAAGGAAAUACUUUGUUGUGGGAUUUAGUCCAAGAUGAAGAUGCAAUUCAUUUCUCAGAAGGGUUAAUAAAUGAGGCAGAGAAACUUCUUUACUCCUUAGUGUGCUGGUUUACAGAUCGACAGAUCCGAAUGAGAUUCAUUGAAGGCUGUCUAGAAAAUUUAGCAAACAACAGAUCUGUAGUAGUCUCACUUCGUCUUCUUCCAAAAUUGUUUGGUACUUUUCAGCAGUUUGGGAGUAGUUAUGAUACACACUGGAUUACAAUGUGGGCAGAAAAAAAAUUAAACAUGAUGAAGCUUUUCUUUGAUAAUUUGGUACACUACAUUCAAGCUGUUAGAGAAGGGAGACAUAAACAUGCCCUAUACAGUCACAGCGCAGAGGUUCAAGUUCGACUUCAGUUCUUGACAUGUGUUUUUUCCACUCUUGGAUCACCAGAUCAUUUUAGGUUAAGUUUAGAGCAAGUCGACAUUUUGUGGCGCUGCUUAGUUGAAGAUUCUGAGUGUUAUGAUGAUGCACUUCACUGGUUUUUAAAUCAAGUUCGGAGCAAAGAUCACGCUAUGGGAAUGGAAACUUACAAACAUCUUUUUCUAGAAAAGAUGCCACAACUAAAACCUGAAACUAUUAGUAUGACUGGUUUAAACCUGUUUCAGCAUCUUUGCAACUUGGCAAGAUUGGCUACUAGUGCAUAUGAUGGUGGCUCAAACUCUGAGCUAUGUGGUAUGGACCAAUUCUGGGGCAUUGCUUUAAGAGCACAGUCUGGUGAUGUUAGUCGGGCAGCUAUUCAGUAUAUCAACUCCUAUUAUAUUAAUGGUAAAACAGGUUUGGAGAAAGAACAAGAAUUUAUUAGUAAGUGUAUGGAAAGCCUUAUGAUAGCCUCUAGCAAUCUUGAACAAGAAUCACACUCAAGUCUUACCAUUAUUGAAAGAGGACUUCUUAUGCUGAAGACACAUCUGGAAGCAUUUCGAAGAAGGUUUGCUUAUCAUCUGCGACAGUGGCAAAUUGAAGGCACUGGUAUUAAUAGUCAUUUAAAAGCACUCAGUGACAAACAAUCAUUACCACUAAGAAUUGUAUGUCAGCCAGCUGGCCUUCCUGACAAGAUGACUAUUGAAAUGUAUCCUAGUGACCAGGUAGCAGAUCUUAGGGCAGAAGUAACUCAUUGGUAUGAAAAUUUACAAAAAAAGCAGAUAAGUCAACAAGCACAGCUUCAGGAAUUUCAUCAAAGCAGCGGAAAGGGAGAAUUUCCUGGUGGUCUCACAGGACCUGUUAGAAUGAUUUCAGCUGGGCAUGAACUAACAACAGACAAUGAUGAAAAAACACUUCAUGAACUGAGAUUUAAGGAUAUGCAGAUGGUAUUUGUUUCACUGGGAGCACCAAGACGAGAACGGAAAGGAGAAGGUGUUCAGUUACCAGCUUCUUGCCUCCCACCUCCUCAGAAGGACAACAUUCCCAUGCUUUUGCUUUUACAAGAGCCUCAUCUUACCACCCUGUUUGAUUUAUUAGAAAUGCUUGCAUCAUUUAAACCUCCUUCUAGAGAAGUGACAAUGGAAGAUAUUGAGAGUGCAAGAUGUGAAGAACUUCACCUUCAUGCAGAGAAUCUAUCCAGACAUCUCUGGGAGUUGCUAAUGCUUCUUCCUACAUGUCCUGACAUGCUACAGGCAUUCCAAACAAUUUCAGAUGAACAGGGUAAUGAUGGGCUUAAUUGGAAAGAACUUCUGAGAAUAAAGAGUGCUCACAAAUUGUUAUACGUGCUUGAAAUCAUCGAAACAUUGGGUAAACCUAACAGAAGAAUAAGGAGAGAGUCUACGGGAAGCUAUAGUGAUCUUUAUCCAGACUCUGAUGAUUCAAGUGAAGAUCAAAUAGGCAACAGCAAAAAUACCUGGAGUUGCAAGUUUGUUGCUGCUGGAGGACUUCAACAAUUAUUAGAAAUCUUUAAUUCUGGCAUUCUAGAGCCUAAAGAGCAGGAAUCCUGGACUGUGUGGCAGCUAGAUUGUCUUGCUUGCUUGCUGAAGUUAAUAUGCCAGUUUGCAGUAGAUCCGUCAGAUUUGGAUUUAGCUUACCAUGAUGUCUUUGCCUGGUCUGGUGUAGCAGAAAGUCACAGGAAAAGAACUUGGCCUGGUAAAUCAAGGAAGGUGACUGGAGAUCAUACCAAGGGUCUUCAUAUUCCCCGAUUAACAGAGCAAAUAUUUCUUGUUCUUGUCCAAGGAACCUGUUUGAUUCAUCGGCUUAUGUCUGUUGCUUAUACUUAUGAUAACUUGGCACCUAGAGUCUUGAAAGCUCAGUCUGAUCACAGGUCAAGACAUGAAGUUACACAUUAUUCAAUGUGGCUCUUAGUCAGUUGGGCUCAUUGCUGUUCUUUAGUGAAAUCUAGCCUUGCUGACAGUGAGCAUUUACAAGAUUGGCUAAGGAAACUGACUCUUCUUAUUCCUGAGACUGCUGUUCGGCAUGAAUCUUGCAAUGGUUUAUACAAGUUAUCUUUAUCUGGACUGGAUGGUGGGGAUUCAAUUAAUAGAUCUUUUCUUUUACUUACUGCCUCAACAUUAUUGAAAUUUCUUCCUGAUGCUCAGGCUUUAAAGCCCACUAAGACAGAGGAUUAUGAAGAAGAACCAGUGCUGAUACCGGGAUGUAAAGAAUAUUUUUGGUUGUUACGCAAAUUAAUUGACAACAUACAUGUAAAAGAUGCUAGUCAGACAACAUUACUGGACUUAGAUGCUUCGGCAAGACAUCUGGCUGACUGUAUUCGAAGCAGGGAAAUCCUUGAUCAUCAGGAUGGUAAUAUAGAAGAUGAUGGGCUUACAGGACUCUUACAACUUGCAACAAGUGUUAUUAAACACAAACCACCCUUUAAAUUUUCACAUGAAGGACAGGAAUUUCUAAGAGACAUCUUCAAUUUGCUCUUCUUGCUUCCAAGUUUAAAAGAUCGACAACAGCCAAAGUGCAAAUCUCAUUCUUCAAGAGCUGCUGCUUAUGAUUUGUUAGUAGAAAUGGUAAAAGGGUCAGUUGAGAACUACAGGCUUCUACACAACUGGGUAAUGGCCCAACAUAUGCAAUCAUCCCAUGCCCCUUAUAAGUGGGGCUAUUGGCCUCAUGAUGAUGUUCGAGCAGAAUGUAGAUUUGUUGGUCUAACUAAUCUUGGAGCCACUUGUUAUUUGGCUUCCACUAUUCAACAACUCUAUAUGAUACCUGAGGCUAGACAAGCCAUUUUUACUGCAAAGUAUUCGGAAGAUAUAAAGCAUAAGACUACUCUUUUGGAGCUGCAGAAAAUGUUUACAUAUUUAAUGGAAAGUGAGUGCAAAGCUUACAAUCCUAGACCUUUCUGCAAAACUUACACGAUGGAUAAACAACCACUGAAUACUGGUGAACAAAAAGACAUGACAGAAUUCUUCACUGAUUUGAUAACAAAAAUUGAAGAAAUGUCUCCAGAACUGAAGAAUACAGUGAAAAGUUUGUUUGGUGGUGUCAUUACAAACAAUGUUGUCUCAUUGGAUUGUGAACAUGUCAGUCAGACUGCUGAAGAAUUCUAUACUGUGAGAUGCCAGGUGGCUGAUAUGAAGAACAUUUACGAAUCUCUUGAUGAAGUAACUAUUAAAGAUACAUUAGAAGGCGACAACAUGUAUACUUGUUCUCAUUGUGGAAAGAAAGUAAGAGCUGAAAAAAGGGCAUGUUUUAAGAAAUUACCUCGCAUCUUGAGUUUCAAUACAAUGAGAUAUACAUUUAAUAUGGUUACCAUGAUGAAGGAGAAAGUAAAUACACACUUUUCAUUCCCUUUACGUUUGGAUAUGACUCCUUAUAUGGAAGAUUUCCUCAUGGGCAAGUGUGACAGAAAAGAAGGUUUUAAGGAAGAAGUUGAUCUUGGAAAAGAAACUGCAAGCUAUGAGUAUGAUUUGAUUGGAGUAACAGUUCAUAAAGGAACAGCCGAUGGUGGUCACUAUUACAGUAUCAUUAGGGAUAUAGUGAAUCCCCAUGCUUAUAAGAACAACAAAUGGUAUCUAUUCAACGAUGCUGAAGUAAAACCCUUUGAUUCUGCUCAACUUGCUUCCGAAUGUUUUGGUGGGGAAAUGACAACCAAGACCUAUGAUUCCGUUACAGAUAAAUUUAUGGAUUUUUCCUUUGAAAAGACACACAGUGCAUACAUGCUGUUUUAUAAGCGGAUGGAACUGGAGGAAGAAAAUGGCAAAGACCUCAAAUUCGAUGUUUCAUCAGAAUUGCUGGAGUGGAUUUGGCAUGAUAACAUGCAAUUUCUUCAAGACAAGAACAUUUUUGAGCACACAUAUUUUGGGUUUAUGUGGCAGUUAUGUAGUAGUAUUCCAAGUACGUUGCCUGAUCCAAAAGCUGUGUCCCUAAUGACGGCAAAGCUAAGUACUUCCUUUGUCCUGGAGACAUUUAUUCACUCGAAGAAAAAGCCCACAAUGCUUCAGUGGAUUGAACUACUAACCAAGCAAUUCAAUAACAGCCAGGCAGCUUGUGAGUGGUUUUUAGACCAAAUGGCUGAUGAUGACUGGUGGCCAAUGCAAAUCUUAAUAAAGUGCCCUAAUCAGAUUGUGAGACAGAUGUUUCAGCGUUUGUGUAUUCAUGUGAUUCAGAAACUCAGACCUGUACAUGCUCACCUCUAUUUGCAACCUGGAAUGGAAGAUGGGUCAGAUGAUAUGGAUGGUCCUGUGGAAAAUAUAGGAAGCCGUUCUUGUGUCACCAGAUUUGUGAAGACACUGUUAUCAAUUAUGGAACAUGGUGUGAAACCUCAUAGUAAACAUCUCACUGAGUACUUUGCCUUUCUUUAUGAAUUCGCAAAAAUGGGUGAAGAGGAGAGCCAAUUUUUGUUUUCACUACAAGCUAUUUCAACAAUGGUGCAUUUCUACAUGGGAACCAAAGGGCCUAAAAAUGCUGCCAACCCUUUCUUUAAAUUAUUAACUAUGUUAAUGGAAUUUGCUGGUGGGCCUCUAGGAAUGCCACCUUUUGCAUCUUAUAUUCUGCAGCGGAUAUGGGAGGAGUAUACUCAGAGGACCAGGAAAGAUUUCAAGAGAAGAUUUCUAAGUGUACUAUAA